AUGGGUCAUGUAACAACUGUGGUAGACGCUCGAGAGUCUUGGGGCGAAGAGUUCAUGAUUGUGCAUGGUGGUCUGAGCGAAGAGAAGUAUGCAAUGGACGAUCUGACCGUGCUACAGGCCACUAGCGCAGCCUGGUUCCACCCAGAAGUCCCAAAUACCAUAAGACCUCCGUCCAGAGCAUUCCACUGUGGAGCAGCCCUCGGCAGAAAGGUUUACAUCUUUGGUGGGCACGUCUGGGUCAAGGCGAUGCGGGGUCUCCAAAAGUUCAACGAUCUCUGGACCUUGGACACGGACACAUGGGAGUGGGCACCAGUGGAGCUGCUGCAGAAUGCGGUCAGGCCCUCGCCCAGAGACUUUGCCUCGAUGGUAGACCUCCCUGGGGGCAAGCUCCUGCUGUUUGGAGGCCUGGACGCCUCAGAGAAGCGCCUGGACGACACCUGGAUCUUUGACACCAUCACGUCAUCCUGGACAGAGCUGAAGAUUGAGCGCAGCCGCCCAAAAGCACGCUAUGCGCACUCCCUGGCUCGCAUGGACAACCGGGUGUUUUUGUUUGGCGGCGAGACCAACACAGGGCUGGUGGCGGACCUGUGGACGCUGAGAGGGGCCACUACUGACCCUGAGGAGGGUGCAACUGCCUGGAUCCCGCUGGAGCUGCCCGGCCCCAGUCCUGCGCCGCGCAAGGGCGCCGCCGUCGCAGGCGUGAGCAACUGGCUGGUGGUGAUGGGCGGGCGCACGGCGGAGCUAGGCUGGUUCCGGACGCGCACCGACACCUUCCACAAUGACGUGGCGCUGGUGGACUGCGAGGCCGGAGCGCUCCAAUGGCGCGCGCCCCCCGUCGCGGGGGAGGCCCCCACCCCGCGCGAAUUCCACACCCUUGCCGCCCUCUCCGGCGGCCGCCUCCUGCUCUUCGGCGGCGGCAAUGGCAAGCAGAUAUUUGGGGAUGCCUGGUGGCUGGAGCCCGAGCGAGCGUCCGGUAUUCCCGGAGCACUGGCUGCCGAGGCAUCCAAUGCCUCAGCCGUUGCUCCUUUCGCCCAGCUGAGUGGCUUUCCAGGCGGCACUGGGACACCGCUGAGCGCUGUGUCACUGGAUGGCAAUUUUGAUAAUGUGGCACGCAGCAGCAGCAUGCACGAUGCUGACUCAGUGGAGGCUGCCCAAGCUGCCGAGAUUGCCAGUGCCACCGCCGCCAGAGUUAAUUCCAGCGCACAGGCAAGCGGCUCCCGGCCCUCAGCCACAUGGUGGGAAGAUCACGACAUUUGGCUUUUGGCCUCGGGAGGUGAGGAUGGUGUGGCAUCCCUUGGUGACAGUGUGGAAGCUGGUUCCAGUGCGGCAACCGUGGUGGGAUGGGUGAGGUUCUCAGGCAACAAGGAAUACCACUACUCAGCAGAGUGGGAGGCCGAUGAACAAUACCACCAUGUCCCAAAGGGCUCUCCAUAUGGCUGGAAGCAUGGCAAAACCAGCGUGAUCUAUGGCUGGGUAGUAAAAGCAGCAGAGCGUUUGCCAAGCCCAGUGCAGAUGCCAGCAGCGACACGGAUGAAGAGAUCGUUGUUUUUGCUGCAUGGAGACCCAAGGCAGACACCACCAGGUGCAUAGAGUGUGUAUAUUACCAACAUUGUGCUUUCCUUUUUUAUAGGCAAAGAUGGCUUACAGUUUCUCAUGAGUACUGAAAAUUAAUUCAAUGGCAUCUUUGACAAUUCUGUGGAUCAUCGUCACGGGCAGUUCAAUCCAUCCACAUGGAACUUGUGAAGAAGCCUGAUCCAGUGCGCGUUCAACCAUAGCAGCAGCAUGAAGUCAACUGUUGAUGGCAACAUC